AUGUUCCAGUGGCAUGGUAUGAAGAAGGAUGUUGCGGACCAUGUCUCAAAGUGCCUGACGUGUCAGAAGGUGAAGAUAGAAUAUCAGAAGCCAUCGGGAAUGCUACAGCCACUUGAAAUUCCUCAGUGGAAGUGGGAAGGAAUCACGAUGGAUUUUGUGACUGAUCAACCUGGAAGUUGGGAUCGAUACAUGCCAUUAGUGGAGUUUGCGUACAACAACUUUCAUGCGAGCAUAGGGAUGGCUCCGUAUGAGGCUUUGUAUGGACGGAAGUACCAGUCUCCACUUUGUUUGUAUGAAUCUGGUAAAGCAAGUGUUUUCGAUCCUGAUUUGGUAGCAGAGACUACUGAGAGCAUUAAGAAGAUUCGUGCAAGAAUUCUAACUGCUCAGAGCCGACAGAAGAGUUAUGCGGAUCAGAGAAGGAAACCGUUAGAAUUUGAAGUGGGAGAACAUGUAUUUCUGAGGGUUACGCCAACAACUAGGAUCGAGAACGAGUCGGGACUAAUACUCUCGGUUAUUGAAUUUGGAUUGUGGUAA